CUGAGUCGCUGCAGCUCCCGCCCGGCCGUAGUCGCGCAGAUACCGCCCGGGACGCAGCCGCCGCCGCCGCCGCCGCCGCCGCCGCCGCUCUGCCGCUGGCUCUGCGCCCUAGCUCGACUCUGCGGCACGGGGGAGGGGCCGCCGGAGCGCACUCGGAGCCUCGGGCCACUGCCAGGCAGCGGGAGCCACCGCCAGGCCUCCCCGAGCGGCGCCCACGCUCCUGCCGUCCGGACGCGCGGACCCUGCGCCGCCCGCAGCCACCUGCUCCGGGCCCGGAGGAGAGGACACGAUGCACACUGCGCUGGCGCUCUCGGCGCUGCUGCUUGUGCUGCGAUCGCCACUUGCGUCGCUCUCCCAAAAUGACGCAUCCCAGCCCAGUAUUGGCACAACUGCCUCAACACAGACUCCUACAAAACCUGUGACGGAAUCUCCUGCCUCCUCAAGCCAGUCAAGCCCAUCUUCAGUUUCCACUACUCCAAUAGAGACUUCCACAACAGAGCUCUCCAGUUCACUGAAGACAGACCAAGUCCUGGGAAGCAGCUCUGCAGGUUUCACAGGCUCACCUCAGCAAAGCACCUCUGUGACUCUAUCCCCUGACCCGAGUAACACAGCUGCUACAACUACCGUGGACUCACAGGGUGGGAGCCCUGGCCAUCCCGCCACCACCACCUCCACCACGCCUGAGAACACAAGCAACAGUGGCACCCCUGCUACCACACACCCCGUGUCCACUUCACAAAACCAACUGGAGACCUCUCCAUCUCAAGAUCUACCCCUGAAGACCACAGCACCCACUCAUGCCCCUUCACUGCCCAGUACAGGAAGCUCUAACCCACUGGCUAGUGUUACUGCUGUGCCCUCUGGGAGCUCCCCUCAGGGACAGAAGAGCUCCACCACGCCUUCCAGUAGUUCAGGCCUUCUGCCCGACUCUGGUCUCACCCCCACAGCCCAGAGGACACUCACCACUCAAAACUCUGCUUCCUCCAUUACAGCACCAGUGGACCUGUCACCUGGGACUCAGCAGGCCUCCAGCAUGCGGCCGGCCAGCCAGGUGCCGGCCAGCCCCAUGUCUGGCAGCCAGAUGCCUCCUAGCCCUUCACCCUCUUCCUCUGUGACACCACAGCCCACGGAUUCUCCAACGGGAACUGUGACUGUGCCUGGCAUCAGGGGACCCACAAGCCUCAGCACUGUUUCGGCUUCCCAAAGCCCCAGCAUACCCACUAAACUCUGGAAUUUUGGGAAUAAGACGGUACUUUGCGAGUCUCUCAAGGAGUCAAUUGACAAGCUGCUUGUCUUGAACUUGACAAGCAAGGGAACCAACCCGGGAACCAACCACUGCAAUAAGAAUCUCCUGAACGAGAAUCUGGUGACAGUGCUGUGCCGGGCAGUCAAAGCCAACUUCAACCCUGGUCAAGAUAAUUGCAAUGUUCAGCUAGCACCUGUUCCCAAUAGCCAUGCAGUGGCCAUCAAACACAUUAGCAUUCAGACAAACCUUCUUCCCACGGAUGUGUAUAAAUCACUGAAGGACCAAUGGGAUGAACUAGAAGAGUUGGGAGUCAGUGACAUGAAGCUGGGGGAUGAUGGUCCACCGGAAAUGACAGAGGACCGCUACAGCAUGCCUCUCAUCAUCACUAUCGUCUGCAUGGCAUCCUUCUUGCUCCUCGUUGCAGCCCUCUAUGGCUGCUGCCACCAGCGCUUCUCCCAGAGGAAGGAUCAGAACUCCCAUCUUGACAGUUCCACCCAGAUCCCUGGUUCUCAACCCUGGCUGCGCACUAGCAGGAGCUGUAAGAACAUUCCCAUGCCUAGCUUCCUCACUCGCCAACGGGAACCCGAUCUCUGGAUCAGUCAACGACUUACUGAGGAGCUACAGACAGUGGAAAAUGGUUACCAUGACAACCCAACCCUGGAAGUGAUGGAGACCUCUUCCGAGAUGCAGGAGAAGAAGGUGGUCAACCUUAAUGGGGAGCUUGGGGACAGUUGGAUCGUCCCUCUGGACAACCUGACCAAGGAUGACCUAGAUGAGGAGGAAGACACACACCUCUAGUCGGGUCUAUUGGCUGCCCCUGUCAGCGCCACAGAGCUGCAGACUGACCACCCGAAGUGCCAUUUGGGCUGGAGAGGAAAAUGCCUCCCCAUCCGAGGAGGGCAAGACUGGGGAGGGAGUGGACUCUUGAGGGUUACUUCCUCUCAACUCCCCCAGGGCCUUAAUUUUUUCCCUUCUCAAGAUGAACAAAUCACAUUCUGUUUAGAUUCUUCUCAUAAAAUAACCCACUAGUGCCUGAGCUCAGAGCUGCUGGAAGAUGAGCAGAAGGAAGAUGGAGAAAGAGCCAUGGAAGGGACUUUUGAGAUCCUCUAGUAGAAUCCUUCACUUUGUAGGUGAGAUGACUGAGGCCUAAGGAGGGCAGCUGGCUGCACAAGGUCACACAGCUACUUGAUGACAGAUUCCUCCCUUCAGUCCAGUGCUCAUUUGGACCAAGUCACACUGCUGUGUUCACUUGCACCCUCUCCUCAGAGCUUCCUUGGCUGGGCAGGGGAUGACACUACAGUAAGGGCGGGGCGGGGGGGGGGCUUGGAAAGGAAAGCAGGCCCGUACCGUUUCAGGGGAUCUGACUUGCGCAAAAGGACAAGUCUCAAGCUUCUGUCUCCUACCCCAGUCCUGUCUGCCAGAACUCUCUUCCCCUUUCCUUUUACAAACUCUUUCACUCAAUUUUUAGUCCCACAGGUCAUUCAUGAUCUUGAACCCCUUGCUCUGGAUUCUGAUCUCCUUGCUUAACGAGGUCAGGACCUCCUCUUCCUCCAGAGUGAAUGAGAUCUGCAGAAGGGACUGGUAGGUGGGUAGGGAGAGAAGGGGAGCAUCUCAACCCAGGAUGGCCUCCCCAAGGCAGCUGAUUCGGGCUUAGCCCUCACACUGGCCCUUCCCCCAAGACUCCUUGAAGAUGCCCCCCAAGAUCUCCUUUGACCCUCUGCUCUCAGAUUUCAGGGACUGAAAUCUGCAGUAGUAACUGAAAGCAAAAUGUUUCUCUUGUUCACUGCUAGCUAAUGGGAUGGAUCCCUGAGCCCCAGGUUUCAAGAGUAGUUGUCACAGGACAGUCUUGUCCCAGGGGCCCUGAUUGGCAGAGAUGUGUUUCAGUAGACAAUCAGUUGAAACUGCUGGAAGACAAGAGUUACUCUCUUUUUCAUAGGAAACUCAGGGACUUUUCAAGUUACUGAGAGUUUUGUUGUAUAUGUUUGGGUUUUUUAUUGUUUGUUUUUAAUGUAGCCCCCCACUACCAAAGGUCAGAGCUCAUACUACUGAAGACUUUCAGUCAGUCUCACUGAUUACGAUUCUCCUAUGCCAUAGAGAAUGGUCCAAUUACAUGCAGUAAAUUUUAAAAUCUCUAAUUUCCCACUGACCUAGGUAGGCCUUAAUGGUUCCUCUUACCUGUGUUCCUGGUGGAGCCUCAGCAGCUCUGCUGUUUCUGGUGGCAUCUCAGGGAAACACAAAGCCAUGUUUAUUCCCCAACAUGGUUUUUAUAGGCUCAGAAGUUAGCUACCUGUAGGAAGCUCCUGGCGGCUAGACAUAGUGAAGGUUCAUCUCAGCUUCUGAGAAGGGGGGAUCUUGCAUGCAAUUUUGAACUUUUGGCCAUGGUCUGUAUUGUUCUGGGAGCAUAAAUUCCCUCGAACCAACUAUCUCCUUUGACAAAAUUUAAUUAACAAAAGGUAGGAGGAGCUAUGGAGAAGACCUUUGUCCUUCCCUGGCUGCCUGAUUCCUUCUUUACAGUCUGUAGCUUUUUGAUACCACAGGGGAAAAGGACAGUCAGAGAAUCAAGGGGGCCACCUAGCAAGUUCUCAAGAGUUAGAUGCUCUGUUGACAAACAUCUGCCCUGUUUCUCUAGCAUUUAGGGGUGGGGCAGGAAGGAAAACAGUGGCAGGUUAAGGAGAAAUACAGGAAAUAUUUUUAUUCUGGAAAGAGGUCUGCUUGCUUCCUUCCUGCUCACCACUGAGUUCUGUGUACCCAGUGAGUUUGUCAUGCCAUCUCUGUGAAAGGCUAGAUUAUUGUUCCUUUGGAGAUUCUGGGUCACAUUGACCAGCUAGGGCAUUUGACAGAGAUAGCAAAUAAUUGCUUCUGCAAAAUGAUCAGACAUUGCAACCCCAAGGGCUCUCUAGAGAUGAUGACUGCAAGCAUUAAGAAACAGAAAUGAUGGUCAGGAAGAAUCUCCGUGGCUCCAUCCAAGAAGAAGCUGGGGAGGCUUGGAGCUGAUCCAGAGGUUCCUUCUUUCUUUGCAUCCAAGCUGUGCUGCCUUUUAGCACAACUUCAGAAUAUGAUACCAGGUCUUGGCUUGCUCUUACUGCUGAACCAUCGGUGUCAAUAGACCACACUGGUACCAUCUGUAAGUCAUCUUCUUCCCAUGUCUUUAUUGGAUUCUCUGUGCUAUCUAGUAAUUCUGAUUGUGGGGCCAGGAAGAGUUAAGAGGAACACCAGGGGCUCAGCUUGGCAAGACUUCAAACCAGUUGUACCAAAGAGAAGUUAGGGGCUCUUUAUUUUAGUAACAAACUGUGGUUUCCCCAAGGUGUAAAAACCAUGAAUCGGGGUCCCAAAAGCUACAAAAACCAUGGGUCUGAUGAUUUUGACUGGAUGUAACCUAGUGGGCCCUGAGCUGUCAUGUGAGCAGGGAGAGAAACUGCUGUGCUUAUAGAAGUAUGGAAGAACAUGCAUCUUAGGACGAUAGGGGUUAAUCUAGAGACACUAGAUUUACCCUUUCUUGAUAAGGAAAAUGAGCAGGUUUAUUUAAACUACUUUUUGAAUUUAUCCUUUUUUUGGCAAUAUACUGGAGAAACUUUGAAGAACAAAUUCAAAGUGAUGUAUGUUUUCACAAUGUAAAUACAAGAGCCACAUGUUAAUCUAUUCUGCACUGCUUUAAGUGAAUAUACUUUGAAAAAAGAAAACAUUGAGUUAUUUUUCCCCUCUGAACAAGAAUGUAAAUGUCUAUUUUACUAGAAACAAGUUGUUGUUGUUGUUGUUGUUGUUUUCAUGAAAUACAAGAAGAUGGGCUGGUGACAAAGUAUUUGCUUUGCAGAUUAGGCAUUUUUUAUUUUCAAAUUAUCCUUGCUCCUCCCCAGCCAAGUUCCAGCCAUACCAGGAAAGGUCAGAGUUGGUGAGUUGGUUGGAAAGUGAGACAGAUGUAGAGAUCUAAUUUAAUCUUUUUCUACAGAAAAAGAACCUGAAGCCCAUAAAAGUAAAGUGACUUGGCUGAAAUGACACAGUCAGUGACAGAAACAGGAUUAAAACCUGGUCCCACCAACUGUCCCAUGCUAUGGUCCUCCAAAGAAUCAGGAAACUAAAUUCUGCCACUCACAGGCACCAACCAGGAUGACACAGAAGAUGCCAUUCCUUCCCAAGAGUUACACCAGCAAGGCCAGGGAGGACUCCAAGACAGAAACAGGGAUGCCACUGGUCUUUUACACUUCCUGAGUCAUUUAGGUCUAAAUUGUAAAUUAGUAUCUUUUCUGCCAGGAAAUAAUUUGAACAAGUUUUUGCUUCUGGAACUUCUAGCAGACUAAGGAUCAAAGGGAACAAGAUAGGAGAGGGCAGAGGUCAAGAGUAAAACUGUAGCCUAGCUGUUUUCAUUGUCACUAGCAGAUUCCCUCAGGUCUGCUGACACUCAACACCAGGUGAAAGGAAGGGAUUACUAUUUCAUGGUGGUGGUGGUGAGGUGUUAUUGAAUGUUAAACAGUUUGCCCAGGAGACUAGGGGAGCAUGUCUUAGUGGACAGGGGUCUGAAGUACACUGGAAUUUAUUGAGAAACUUGUUUGUAAAGACUAUAGUUAAUUAUUGCAUUUUCUUACAAAAAUAUAUUUUGGGAAAUCGUACACUGUCAAUUAAAAUGCUAUUGUGUAAACUGG